AUGAAAUGUCACGCUCAAAAGAACGAGAAAUCAACUCCGGCCAAUCCGUCCUCGCGCAGAAAUACCAUCUCUGAAGGGGUGGCCCCUCAGCCCCCUCAGAACGUCUUUGAUGUCAAUUCUCCUGCUGCUGGUGCUGCAAAUGGCUCCCAUACUGGCAUCCCGUUGAUGCAGAUCCUUUCGCCCUCCGACUAUCUUCCACACCGAGGAAGUGAGCACAACCGGCCAAAUCGACAUGCUUCUAUCAAUGGCUCCAACCCUUUCCUUGACGGCUCGGGCAGCCAGCCACAUGCCCUCAACCUGCAGCUCUCGGGCUCAAGUUGGAACCUUUCCUCCCCUGUCAACCCCAUAUCCAAGGACCCCCUUUCAUCGCAGCACCAGCAGCAAUCGCCUUCGCAGACCAGCGGCGAGGCUUCCGCCUUCGAGCCGUCGGUACCGACUCCAGGAAAUCAGGCCCACACUCCGAGGUCUGAUCUCGCGCCUCACCAGUUCACUGAUGCUCACAACGACUGGCUUCCGCCGUCCAACCAUGCAAAUCAAAACAACUUCCAUGAUCCUUUCCAGGUGUGGUUAUUCCCUUCAUUAGGAGACCUGGACCAGUCUCCCGACCUUCUCCAGAACUACGGACUCGGCGAUAUUCAGCAUCAAUACCUCGAGGAAAAGGACCCGCCCAAUAGAACGACUUAUGAUCCCGUUGAUCGUACCAAAACCAUUGCUAAAGUCCCCAGAGAACGCUUUUCAAGGAUCCAGCGUUGCUGGGGUCGCCAUCCGGCUCGCAACCAUCGUAUCAUGCCGAUCCUCUGGAAAGAGGCCGCUUCAUCCGUCAUGGACAAUCUCUUCUCCGAAACUCCAUUUGCCGCCGACGACUUUCGGACGGCCUCAAACUGGGGACUCGACACAGAUUGCCGGGCUCGGUUACGCGACACCUUCCAUACCCCUAUCCCAGUGACUUUUCAGUCUCCCAAACUGCAAGGGCUCGUCGAUCCGGCUUUGUCCCAUGGAAACGAGGAGUUUCCGCCUGCUGAGAUCCUGGACAUUGCUUUAGGUCUCUUCUUUCGUCGAUUCCAUCCUACGGUUCCAUUCAUUCAUGUUGCCACCUUCUCUGUUCGAAAUACCCCAACACCUAUGUUGUUCGCCAUCUGUUUGAUCGGACUGAGUAUUCUGGGCACAACCGGUGCUACCCGGUUUGUGUCGAGAAUGUUUCCCAGUUUUCUGCAACGCGUUUGCAACGACCUGUCUGCGUGUGCAGGAGGUUCUGCUCCCCCAGUGCAACAACUGGUUGUCUUCGGUACAGCACUUCUUACUCUGAACUUGUCCAUUGUCACGGGCGACAAGGACUCCUUCAACAAAUGUCAGAUGCUGUACGUCAGUCUGACUUCGAUGGCUCAGCAGAACGGUCUGUUUACGGCAGAUGACGGCCAAUCUCUUGAUGCUGUGCUGUCUGAAAUGGCUGAAUCAGACGACCGGUGGAAAGCCUGGAGUCGCAUUGAGUCGGCCAAGAGACUCAUACUCGGCCUGUUGCUGGCUGACUCGUGGUACGCAAACCUCUUAUCCAAAGCCCCCAUCAUCCGGUCCGAGAUGGUUUGUGUAUUUGCACCCUGCGAUGAGGCACUAUUCCAAGCCAAAUCUGCCACUCAAUGGCAGUCACUCCUGCGAAGUGGAGAAAGCCAAAGUGCGCCCACCUUCAGGCUCGAAGACCUACUUCAACGUGAUGUGGAAUCCAUUGGUCGAUUGGGCUACCUGGGUAGAUCGUCACUGCUGGCUUUGCUUCAGAUCCAGAUCCUUGAGGCCUACCAGCGGCUGAUGCCCACCGAUCAAUUGACCGUGGGCGCCUUCAUUCCCUGGCACGUCUACGUUGGCGACACUCGAGCAAAGACCGUGAUAUCAGCCGUGCUGGCGGCGAACCGCACAGCGGGCCCGUUGUCCAAAGUCGACGACACAAACUGCGUCGUGCUCUGGCACAGUCUCUGCAUCAUGCUUCUGGCAGAUCCUCGGCUGUUUGAACUCGCCGCCGGUCGCCACGGGGCACUUCCAGCAACUGCCGCGCUCGAGAACGUCGCCCAGUGGUCACAGACACAAGCUGCACGUCGGGCCUGCGUCCAUGCAGCCCAAAACUUCAAGCUGAUGUCGGAGCGCCGGGUGUCGGACAACGUGACCAUCCAUUCAGUCAACGCCCUUUUUGCAUCGGCUCUGGUCUUGGGCUUGUAUUUGUUCAUGGUCACUCCAGGCUCGAUAUCAAGCCAGGGCGCCGCGCAUGUCGAACUGGUCGAGGCUGAGCCCGACUGGAUGGAGCUGCACGAUCUGGGAUUCGGCGCCGAGUCGCUCGAGCAGCAGUCCGAGCACAGCCUGACGGCCAACAGUGGAGACCAACCAUCUUCCUCAUGUAUCUACCAGUUCGUCAAGCAUGGUGGGAGUAUCAGUCUCAACGGCGUCGUGCAUCAGGGCGGGUACGAGAGCGCCAGGAGGGUCUUGUUGGAUUUUGCGAACUUGAUGGACGGCAUUUCUGGGCGCAGGCUGGGCACGCUCACUCAGGUUUUACAUAUCAUGAGUGAUGAUCUGAUGAAUGUCGAUCCCGCCCCUUAG